AUGGCCCCGCCAACUCUCUCCGGAUCCUCCAAGCCCGUUGACCGCAAGGGCGAGGAUUACGCCAAUCUUUCAGCCCUCCACAGUAGCACCAAGCACGCUCGAGAGGCUGCUUCCCUCGAUCCUAGCAUAUACGACUAUGAUGCCGUUUACGACUCUAUCCACGCGAAACCCACGAAAUCCUCAACCUCUGCCGCUGCUGCUUCAGAACCCAAAUACAUAACCUCCUUGCUCCGUAGUGCCGAAGUCCGCAAACGCGAUCAACUCCGCGCACGCGAUAAAUUGCUAGCUCGUGAACGCGAAGCAGAAGGCGACGAGUACGCGGAUAAAGAGAAGUUCGUGACAGCGGCGUAUAAGGCGCAGCAGGAAGAAGUAAAACAAAUUGAAGCCGAGGAGGCUGCUAAGGAAAAAGAAGAGGAGGAAAGGAGGAAGAAAGGCAUGGGCAUGAUGGGUUUUUACAAGGAUAUGUUAGCUAGGGAUGGGAAAAAGCACGAAGAAGCUGUCAAGGCAGCGGAAGAAGCUGUGAGGAAUAGGGCAGAAAAGGCGGAUGACGAAGAUAAGAAGGAGCCAGAAGAUAAGUCUGCUGCGCAAAUCGCCGCAGAACUUAAUGCUCGUGGCGCCAGCAUCAUCGUCAACGAUGAAGGGGAGGUCGUUGAUAAACGACAGCUUCUCUCCGCCGGGCUGAAUGUUGCUUCUAAACCGAAGCAGAAAGCGACUCGUGCCCGCUCCACAACCGAAUCGCGUGUACGAGACGUGAGGCCUGAUCGUUUCGGUGCAGGCUCUGCUCGUUCACAGCAACGAGCUAGGCAAACGGAGAUGUUGGCUGCCCAGUUAGAAGAGAGAAUGCGAAUAGAGAAGCAGGAGGAAGAGGCUCGAGUCAAGGAGCUGGCAGAGAAGAACAAGAGUAAGAAGUCGGAGAGCGAUGUGAUGAGCGCUAAAGAACGGUAUCUUGCCAGAAAGAGAGAGAGAGAGAAGGAGAAGGCGGCAGGAACAUAA